GUUCAAGCUAUUUGCUCCAGUCUUCAGGUCAAGGGCAUGCAUACAGGGAGAGUUCUUAGCAUCUCACCGGCGCUCGUUGAUGCGACCAUGAACAAGUCGGUUCGACAUGAGGUGGUGAGCCGUGUGAUAGAGGGCGUGGGGUUCGGAUUCUACACGGCGGACGAGGUGCGCGCCAUCAGCGUGAGGCGCAUCACCAACCCGCUGCUCUUCGAUGGGCUGCGCAGCCCUGCUGCUGGCGGCCUCUACGACCCUGCUCUCGGCCCCGUGGACAAAUCUGAUGUCUGCGUCACAUGCCAGCUGGGGUACUUCCACUGCCCGGGGCAUUUCGGCCACCUGGAGUUGGCACUGCCAGUGUACCACCCGCUGCUCUUCUCCCUGCUCGUGAAGCUGCUGCGCUGUGUGUGCCUGCGCUGCCACCACCUCAAGCUGCUCUCCGCUGUGUCGAAGCUGUAUGCGCUGCGGCUGGCGCUGAUUUCUCAGGGGCGGCUGAGGGAGGCCCAGGAGCUGGGGCAGAAAAUGCCUCCCAAGGCCAAGCGCAGAGGCUGGGGCAAGGGGAAUGGGAAAGGAAAAGGAGAAGGGGAAUUAGGAGGAGGAAAAGGAGGAGUGAAGGCUGUGUAUGUUUCUGGGCCAGCAGGGGCAGUAGAUGAUGAUGAUGACGAGGAUGAGGAGGAUGAGGAGAGGGAGGAAGGGGAGAAAGGAGCUCAAGAGAUGGAUAUAGACGCGUCUUGGAAAGCCGAGGCUGAAAAGGCUGCUGCUGCUGCUGCAGAAGCAGCGGCGGCGGUGGGGGAAAUUGAGGAGGGGGAUGUGUUGGGGGAAGGGGACGGGGGAGGGGGAGAGGAGAGGUGGUCGUGGGCGGCGGAGGUGGCGGCGAGGGAGGUGGUGCGGGAGCUGUGGAGUGUGGUGCCGCCCUCCAAGUGCCAGAACUGCGGGGCUAACAACCCGACCGUCAAGAAGGAGGGCCACAGUAAGAUCUUCAGGAAACCCCUGGCGGUGAAGCCGCAGCACCAGAACGACCUGAACGGAUUCACCUUCCCAGACGUGCUGGCAGAGCUGGCCGAAGCCGCAGCUUCCGGGAAGGACCCCGCUGACAUCAACAUCGGGCCGGACGGCGAGCUCCGGAGCUACACCGUGGACGGCAACGGCAGCGGAGAGAAACGCAUGUUGCUGAGGGAACACGAUGACAGCGACGACGAUGAGAUGUUGCCCGCGGCAGCGAAGCGGAAGAGGGGAACGGCAGGUAGGGGAGGAGGAGGAGGGGGAGAGGCGUCGACAAGAAGGCCGUUUCUGAUGAAUGUGGCGGAGGUGGAGGAGCAUCUGAGACGGCUGUGGAUCCGAGAACCCGCUAUCUGCAAUGCGCUCUUCGGCUCCUCCUCUCCCCUCUCUCACUCCUCUACCCACUCCCAUUCCCACUCCCACUCCCAUGCCCACUCCACUGCGGGGCUUUUGCCGUACCAUCACAAGCGGUACUACCAGCAGCAGCAGGGUGUGGGGCACCAUGGGCACCAUGGGGGUGGGGGUGGUGCUCCGACGUGGCCGUCUGCUUUCUUCCUGCGCUGCCUGCUCGUGCCGCCCAACAAGUUCCGCCCCCCCAACAUCAUGAACGACAUGCUGUUGGAGCACCCUCAGAACGUCUUUCUCACGAAAAUUCUCGAGGCCAACCUCUUCAUCACUCAGAUCGGCCGAGAGGCCGCUGCUGCUGCUGCCGCCGCCGCCGCUGCUGGUGGUGAGGGUGAGGGGGGCGGUAAGCAGCUGGCACAGCUGGUGUAUACGGCGGGGGUGGACGGCGGAGGGGGAGCGGCGGCGGAGGGGGCGGAGAUGGGCGCGACGGAAGUGAGAAAGGCGGCGAUCGCAUGGCUGCAGCUGCAGCACCACGUGAACUGCUUCCUGGAUAGCAGCCUGAGCAAUCAGAAGGACCCGGCGAAUGGCAUACGGCAGCAGCUGGAGAGGAAGGAGGGGCUGUUUCGAAUGAACAUGAUGGGCAAGCGCGUUAACUACGCCUGCCGCUCUGUCAUCUCGCCUGACCCCUACAUCCAGGUGAACGAGAUCGGAGUGCCGCCCGUUUUUGCCAAGCGACUCACAUACGCUGAGACCGUGACGGAUUGGAACGUGGAGUACCUAGCACGGCUCGUUGAGAACGGAGCGGAUGUGUUACCAGGAGCCACACACGUGGAGGACGAGAGGGGGCAGCUCGUCUCCCUCGCCCACCUCAACCCCGACCGCCGGAGGGCCCUCGCCCGCACGCUCCUCUCCACGCCCUCUGCUGCCGCGCUCGCGGCCAAUCAGCGCGCGACAGGCGUCCAUGUGAAGGACGGCGAGGGGAAGAAGGGGGCGGGGGAGGGAGCGGCGGAGGGGAAGGGGGUGCAUGUGCGGCGAGCAAUGGUGAAGUCGGUGUAUCGGCACAUGCGGGAUGGCGAUGUGGUGCUGGUGAACAGGCAGCCCACGCUGCAUCGUCCCGGCAUCAUGGCGCACCGAGUGAAGAUCCUCAAGGGGGAGAAGACCCUUCGCCUGCACUAUGCCAACUGCAAUGUAUACAAUGCGGACUUUGACGGGGACGAGAUGAACGUGCAUCUGCCUCAGGACGCCCUGGGGCGAGCAGAGGCGUACUCGAUAGUAGACGCUGACUUACAGUACAUACUGCCCACCAACGGCCUGCCUGCCAGAGGGCUCAUUCAGGACCACAUCAUAGCAGCCACGCUACUCACAUCACCAGGAACGCUGCUCACGCGCACAGAGAACAAGGGUACUGCUGCUGCCAUUACCAUGCCACCUCCUGCUGUGCUGAAGCCGCAACCGCAGCUACAGCUGCUGACGGAGAGGCAGCAGGCAAUGACAAUGGCAGCAGUUAUACAAGGAUGGUGUCUAUUUCACCUCUCACCUCCUCGCUUCCCAGUUCUGCUCCCCAUACUGCCCUUGCAAGUUGAAGAUGGUUUCGAGCUGCAGCAAGCCUUGCCUUGUGGUAGCUGA